AAACCCCUCUCCCCUCUUUCAGUUCCAGUUUCUAGACGAGAGCGAGCGAUUUCGAGCGCGGGAAGCGGAUUGGUGUUAAUCGCGUUAGCCAGCAAGUACUAUACGGUGUGCACUAAUAACAGCAACUACGAGAGCUAAAACAAUCGACUAAAAGCGGACAGUGAGUGGAAUUCGAGGGGAGCAGGCCCGAAAAACGCAACAACACACAAAACGAAACGAACGGCCGCCCCGUGCAUGUGUGUGUGUGGUACAGUUGGGUAGAAAAACAUCGUUGGGUUGCCACCUGGUCUCGGUCACUCUAUUUUUUUUUGUUCGUUUUUUUUUUUGCCACUAUUGCCACCACUUUCGCUCAGUUCGGUUCGGUUGUUGUUGUUGUGUGCAUCCUGGCGAGAUUAUUCUUGCAUUCUGCAACUGCAUUUGCAUUUGAAAGGAAAAUAAAGCCAGCAGCAGCGGCGGCGACGGAGAGCAGCGAGCGAUAGAAAGAAAAACUGAAAGAGAGAGCGCCGCGUUGUGAAAGUGCCAGCGAAAAGAAGUCGGUUUAAAGGCUGGACUAAACGCCCGAGAAAAUGUAAAGCGGUUUGGCGAAUCAAAGCUACCCAUGAAAGAUGCGAGCUGGAAGAAAGCAGGCAGCUGAAAGCGUCAAGACACGUCCUUGCAUCGUCUACGUGAGGAAUCUGCGGGAGACGGAGUCGCCCGUCCGAGGAGGAGGAGCAGGAGCAGCAGGAGGAGCAGCCGGCAAGCUGAGGAAGAGGCAGGAGCAGCAGCGGGCGGAGCAGCAGGAGCUGCGGGAGACCCGCACCAGUCGUCGCUCGGUGGUCCAAAUUCAACAGGAGAGCAGCAAGCGAACCCGGAAGCCAUCGCCACCACCGCCACCGCCGGCGACGCGUCUAAAGAUCAGCAGAGGGGAGCAGCCAUCCGGCAAUCUGGCCAAGCGACGCGGAGCCCUGCUGCUGGGCAGUCAUCCCAGUCACCCAGGAGGAGGAGGAGGAUCGAAUCAGCAGCACAACAACAAAAUGGGGCUUCUCAAGGCGUCGGCUGGAGCACCACGUCGCCACCAGGAGACGCCCAAGAUGUACAAGCCGGCGGCGGGGGCCAAAAGAGUAGAGGUGGAGGUCAGUCCGCCGCCCACCAUCGCUGCCAGUCGCUCCAGGCGCUCCAUCAAACCGAAUCCCAAGUACGCCAGCGAUGAUGUGAUUACUCCUAAAUACAUGGCAGCCUUGGGAGAAGGAGGAGGCGCCACUCCGGGACGCCAGGCAGGCAGGCAGGCAAAGCAGCUGUUCGCCACCAACGACGACGACGACGACGAUAUGAAUGAUCUCCUUGAUUUGGACGAAGAUGACGAUGAUGAGCUGGCGGAUGCCGCCUUUAAUCCGCAGCUACACAAGUCCGACGAGGAUGACGAUGAUGAGGACGAGGAGGAGGAGGACCUCAGCGAGGCGGAGUAUCAGCAGCAGCUGCGUCGCAAGCAGCCGCCGGUGAAGCGCGGACGUGGACGUCCGCCGAAGGUUAACAAUGCGGGCAGCAAUCAAACUCCCAGUAGCAACAGUGGCGCAACGCCCAAGCUACCCAUCAAUUCGGCCGGCGGACGCACUGCGCCGAGUAGCCUGCAGCAAUUGCGACGCACCAUGGCGGUUAAUCUGGCCAGGAGCAAUGCCAGCAUGACAGAGGGAUCGACUGUAGCCUCUGCUAAACGCAAGCUGGACACCAGUGAAAGCGAGAGUCCAGUGGCCCGCAAGCGCAUGGUUAUCUCCUCAACCCAGAGAAACCUGCCCGUGGUAAAUGGCGCCACUACAAAACCAGGAGGAGGAGCAGCCAAACUGGGAGCAAUCCCUGCCAGGAUGCUGCCACAGCGACGCGGGAGCAGCAGCAACAACUACAAGAUGAACUCCUCCGCGACAACGAGCAACUCCAAUCCGGCGACCCAGCAAACGGCGAAAACGGAGAACGAAACGGAUGAUGUGCCCACAUUCACCAUUGUCAACAUCGAUGACAUAAUCAACCAGGACGAUGUGCUCAUCACCAGGUCGCAUAAUGCUAUUGCAGCAGCUGCAGCUUCCGCUGCUUCAGCCACCUCCACUUCAUCCGGAAAUAAUAACAAUGCCAGCAAAAAGGUUGCUGUGGGCAGGCCCCGUACCAGAAACAUCAUCCCCACGAGCAGCGAGAAGAAAACGACGGAAAAGGCAACCUUAAACAACAAUCAGGCCAACAAGCGCAUCAAGAUCCUGGCCAGCAAUAUACAGAAUCAGAAUCAGAGUCAAAAUCAGAGUCAAAACCAAGUGGUAACCAAACCCAGGCCGAGGAUACUCAAUGCGGAAAUGGGCAAGAAGACGGCGGCAAUGAAGCCGCUGAUGAGCAUGGGCAAGGAGCUCUGUCCCACGGACGUGGACACCGAGGAGGAUGAUCUGGAUCCCGAUCCAGAUUUGGAUUUCGAUGACGACGAUAUACCGGCAACGAUUGUCAGCCGAAAGAAUCCCAAACAAAUGGAGCCAGCCAACAAAUGGAAUGCGACCAAUCGACGCAAUGUACUCUCCACGACCACCGCUGCCACAGUAAACUCUCGGGCGGCGGACAGGAAGCUAAGCAAGCUGUUGAGUGACGUCGAUGUGGAGCAACAGCAGCAAUCGUCGGUUUUCAAGAAGCCCAGCUUGAGUCCACAGCGGCGCAGCAAGGAGAACCAACAGCAGCAGGAGCAGGAAAAAGAAAAACCCACUAUUGUUGUGCAAAAGGAGCCUGCAACCCUAGAAGUGUCCACCACCAGCAGUCCCAAAUACUUUCCGCCCGAGACCACCACCUUUUGCGAGGAGGAUGGUCGCGUGGUGAAGAAGAUCACCUGCUACGAGACGUGGCAUGUGAUUAGCACGCCCAGGGAAUCGCCAACGAAGGCGACAACGACGACCACGCGGCAGCAGCGAACUUGCCUCGAGUUGGCGCUUGUGAAGCUGGCCAAUGUGGCGGCCAGAAUCAAAGUGCCCUCUGGGAAAUGGACCAGCAAAGUGACCCUGUACAAGGUCUCCCCCUCGCUGAUGACCCGCCAAACGAUGACCAUCUUUACGGGCGAUCUCAAGGCGUACAAUAUACCCGAGGAGGAUCGCCACAAAUAUCAGCCGUCGUGCGUGCUCUUCCGGCGCGCCGUUCUCGAUCGCAGCAAGUGCCGGGUGCCCUACGACCGGGCCAUCAUCUUCAAGAACAAGUGCUUCUAUGCGAACAUCGAUGGCAAGCAUGUCAAUCUGAUGGGAGCCCCCGAAACGGUGAAUACGGUGAAGGAUGUGGAGAUCCUGCUGGACAUUGUCGAUCGCCUCUCGCUCAGCAGCGCCCUCGUCGAGAUGGUGAACACCAAGUGAGGAUGAGGAUUGGGAUUAAAGGAGAAGCAACCUAUCACAUUGUAAAAAAUAAUUCACACACACCACACACACAACAAAAACGGACACUCGAUAAAUUGUUUUAUGCAGUAGCAAAACCAUACAAGUUUUUUUUUGUAAAACCAUUAACUUAGUUGUAAUAGUUAGUCUAGCGUAAUUAUUAUAUAUAAUAUAUAUAUCUUAUAACGUAACACACACACAGCGGACGGACAUAGGAAUACAGAUAUUGUAUCUAUGUAUCUAAUUAUACUAAACAUUUAAGCAUCGCGGAACGAGAAGGGAAUCGAAAGUCUAAGUUCGGCGAAGGAAUCAAUCCUGAUUUUAAUUGUAAUGUCUAAGGGGGAGAGGCCCCCCCCCAAAAAC